AUGGUCGCCAAAUCAACACUUACCGGUUUGACCGGGACAACAGGAUGGACCGGAACUACAGGAAUGACUGGAACGACGGGAUGGACUGGAACAAGCCAUACCAGAACUUCGAUGACCUACGACGGUCCUCCUCCUUCUACACAUGUGCGAACGUACAACUGGCCGCCUCUACAGCUGAACUUUUGGAUCUUCGUGAUCCUCCUAGCAUCGACAAGUAUUAUUGGAGUUUUUGCGACAUUUAUCCAGAUCCAGAGUCAACUGGAACUCGGCAUUCCUUGGUACUUCCCCUACUUUAUCACCGUCGGCUCCCUCUCGAUCCUCUUCAUCCUCGGCAUUUUCUGGCUCAUUAGCCAACGACGAUUACUCCCCGCCAUAGUCAUGGUUGGUGGCUUCAUGUUCUUUGUACUGUGGCUUGUUGGACUUGUUGUGGUUGCGAUACAACUGUUUGGACCUGAUGGGUCUAUCCAGAGUGUUUGCGAUGUACAAGUUUUUGGACAAAAUCCCAAGGGCACGAGCGAAGCUACUAUGGCGUGGCUCCAGCAGCGAAGUAUCUGUCAAUCUUGGCAGCUUGUUUUUGCCAUGGCUCUAACGGGAACCGUCUUCUUCAUCUGGGUUAUGAUCAUGGCCUACCAGGUGUUUGUCAACUCAUAA